AUGGGAAACUUACACGGACUUCACCGAUCCCAUCACGCCGGCCAACAAUCUCUCGCUCCUCCAGCUCCGCCGUCUUCAUUGUCGUCACAAUCCGGUCCUCACAUGGCGGUAGAACCUUAUUGCCACCUGGACUCCAGCCUCCGCUCCCUCGCCGGAAAGGCCGAGGGUUUCGGUCGCGCCGCUGUUGGUGGUCUUAGUGGCCCCAUUUGCCACGUCACCUCUUUAGCUGACGAGGGUCCAGGAUCGUUACGAGAGGCUUGUAAGAGGCCAGAACCGUUAUGGAUUGUGUUCGAUGUGUCGGGAACAAUCAGUCUUUCUUCGUUUGUGCACGUAUCGUCGAACAAAACGGUGGACGGGAGAGGACAAAGGGUGAAGAUAACAGGGAAAGGGCUUAGGUUGAAACAAUGCGUAAACGUUAUAAUAUGUAACCUUGAAUUCGAGGGCGGUGUGGGGCCAGAUGCAGACGCGAUUCAGAUCAAACCGAAAUCAAACACCAUUUGGAUUGAUCGUUGUAGUCUCAAGAAUUACCAUGAUGGUUUGAUUGAUAUCACACGUGAAAGCACUGACAUUACCGUCUCAAGAUGCCAUUUCAUAAACCACAACAAGACAAUGUUGAUUGGGGCGGACCCAAGUCACGUGACGGACCGAUGCAUAAGAGUUACGAUUCAUCACUGUUUCUUCGACGGUACACGUCAGCGACACCCUCGCGUUCGCUUCGCCAAAGUCCAUCUCUUCAACAACUACACUCGUAAUUGGGGCAUCUACGCGGUCGGAGCUGGAGUCGAAUGUCAGAUAUAUUCUGAGUGCAACAUAUAUGAAGCUGGUAGUGAGAAGAAGACCGUCUUUAAGUACAUCACAGAGACGGCCGGAGAUAAAGAGAAACCCGAAGAUGGUUUCAUAAGAUCAGAAGGGGAUUGGUUCUUGAACGGUGCCAAGUCAUGUCUUAACCACGAGGGAAAGCGCCACGUGUUCUCUCCGACCCAACACUAUUCUGAAUGGACCGUCGAAUCUCAAACUGAAAAACUCAAGAACUACUUGAAACACUCGACCGGCUGGCAGAACCUUCCGCUUCCAUCUGACCAACAUCCGACCAGCGCAUAA